GUACUGUCCCUUUAAAUGUUAAAAAAAAAAGAAAGGAAAGGGUUCAGGACAUGCGCGCUCCGUCCAGCAGAGAAUGUUGCAGUGUGAAGCUGCCAGGACGAAGACUGUCGAGCCAGAGGAAGUUAAUGUCAGGACGGCAGGAAAACAUGAAUGUAGUUUAACAACACUGAGAGUUAUUUCAGCUGGAAACAUCUGCAAGUGAAGAUGAAUGAGGACGCGUUCGAGGUCCCGGAGAGGACCGAGUACCGCUACCUGGUGCAGGAGGAGGACGAGGAGGAGGUGCAGUACGUCCGCCACAGACACUACAUCAGCCCCUUCCUGGUGCUCUCCAGGCGCUGCAUCUUCCUCAUCUGCCUCGGCGUGCUCGCUCUGCUCGCUCUCGCCACCUACCUGGGCUACGUGGCUCAGACGCUGCCGCCGGGCCUCGCCCAGGUGUCCAUCGUCGGCUGUGGAGAGUAUCGAGGAAGACACAAAAAUGGAGCCUACUCCUUUAAGGGCAUGCCCUACGCUGCUCCGCCAGUCGGUAACCUGCGUUGGGCUCCUCCGGCUGAACCGACGUGCAGGAAAGGGAUAACCGACGCCGGCCGCUUCCGCAGCGUGUGCCCUCAGGUGCAGCCGAUGUCGAGUACGGGGAAGAUGAUGGGCCAAGAGGACUGCCUCUUCAUCAACGUGUGGACGCCCACGCUGCAGGUCGACGCCAAGCUGCCCGUCAUGGUCUGGAUCCACGGAGGCUACCUGCAAAUGCUCAGUGGAGGAGAGCGGGGCUACUCGCCCACAGAGCAGCUGGCUGCUGACACCAGGAUGGUUUACGUCAGCUUCAACUACAGACUCAACGCCUUCGGCUUCCUGGCGCUGGAGAUGUUGAGAGAAGGUUCUCCAAAAAACACGUCAGGGAACUAUGGCUUCAUGGACCAGAUUGCAGCUCUGAAGUGGGUCCAGAGGAACAUCCACGUGUUCGGAGGAGAUCCAGGGAAAGUCACCAUAUUCGGGCAGAGUUCAGGCGGGACCUCAGUGUGGACCCUGAUGAUGUCCCCGCUGGCGAAGGAUCUCUUCCACGCGGCGGUGGACAUGAGCGGCUCGUAUGUCUACAACGCGACGCUGGAACAGGCCGAGACCGACAACCUGGUCUUCCUGAAGAAGACGGGCUGCAAAGACCGGACGUGCCUCCGAGGUCUCAGCGUCAAACAGAUCCUGCAGGCGAUCCCGUGGCAGCAGUACCCGUCCUGGGCAGCGGAUGAGAUGACUGAUCUGCCCAUUAAAGGACGCUUCAUCGGCCCGGUCGCGGUGGUGGACGGAUACAUCCUGGAAGCUCCUCCGUUUGAGGUGUGGGAGAAGAAAGGAGUCUACAAUGACGUUCCUUUCCUCGUCGGGACGACGGAGCAGGAGGCGGACUUCAGCCCUCUGGCUGAAAACAUCUCCAUGUGGACCUGGGGGGACUACAAGUGGUUUGUAACAGAGAAACUUAAGUCCUUCAGCAUGAAUCUCUCCAACGAUGCGUUGAAGCUGUAUCCGAGCUCCGACUUCUGCCCUACCAAAGACCGCUGUCCAGAGAGGGCCUACACCACCAUGGUGUCCGACAUCAGAGUCACCUGUCCCAACAACGACCUGGCCUGGAGGGCUGCAGCGGCUCUCCAAAGUCCUGUGUAUCGAUACUUGGUGACACACACACCAUCCGGACCGGUCGACACGUCCGCCGGUAUGCUGCCGUUCCCCAGCCGCUUCUCCUUCCACUGCCUGGACGCCGUGGCUUUCUUCGGAGGGCUGGAGUUCCUCCUGGGGAAGCCGCUCUCUCCUAAGGACAAGAACUUCCAGGAUCUCAUCACUCGCCACCUCGUCCACUUUGCCAAAACAGGUAAGAUGGAGGACAAGUGGCCAGAGUACCCAGCAGCCACUGCUCUCCUGUCCGACAGUCUGUCGGUGGCCCAGAACUACUCGUCUGAACGCUGUCAGCUGUUCAAGAAGAACGGCUUGUACGCCUACGCCUGGAUGAACUGACCACACACCGCAACGUUUAUCUGACCACUGAAUUCAUCUUUAGAGCCGCUACUUUGUUUCACCGAGGAGAUCUCACAUAACCAGACCUGCGUCUCAUCCAGCUCAGAGAUCUGGGGUAAAAAUGGAAGAUCUUACCAAAACAAAAAAAUGAAGAUAAUAAGGUGUGAAUAAUCUUGCAGCAGCUAUUUGAUUGGCUGUGAGUUUAAAAACCACAACGUAACCGAAAGUUCUCAGUUAAUCUUAUUCUUUUGAAAUAACAACAGUCCAGUUUGUUUGAAUAUCUCAAAACCUUCAUGAACUUAAAGGGAAAGUUCUCUGAUUCCAGCUUCUCAAAUGUGAAUAUUUUCUGGUUUCUUUAGCCUUCUGUAACAAAACAAGACAUUUUAG